AUGCAGCACUCCCGCGCGGCCGCGGAUGAGGCGGCCCUGCUCCUGGCCGGGCUGGCCCUGCGGGAGCUCGAGCCAGGCGGCGACUCUCUGGGCCGGGGGCGGCAGGGACCGUGGUCAGGGCCCGGAGACGAGGCAGCGUCGGCGCUGGGCCGCAGAGGGAAGGGAGGCGGCGGCCCCGAGGCCGGGACGGACCGAGGCCCUUGGCGCGCGGCGUCCUCCGAGCUCAGCGCGCAGCUCGCGGGCAGCCCUCAGGCCAGCCUGGCGGGCUCGGACGGCGGCGGCAGCGCCCGCUCCAGCGGCAUCAGCCUGGGCUACGACCAGCGCCACGGCAGCCCGCGCCCUGGCCUCUCGGACCCGCGCCCCGGCCUCGGGCCGCCGUCUGUGGGCAGCGCCCGCUCCAGCGUGUCCAGCCUCGGCUCUCGCGGCUCUGCCGGCGCCUACGCCGACCUGCUGCCUCCCGGAGCCAGCGUGGCGCCCGCGCGCUCGCCCGAGCCUGCUGGCCAGGCCCCUUUCCCGCUUCCCUCACUGCAGCUGCCCGCCAGCCGGGAGGGCGGCCCGACCGCGGCCGAGCGGCGGCUGGAGGCGCUCACCCGCGAGCUGGAGCGGGCGCUGGAGGCGCGCACGGCGCGGGACUACUUCGGAAUUUGCAUUAAGUGUGGGCUUGGUAUCUACGGAGCGAGGCAGGCGUGCCAGGCGAUGGGGAGCCUGUAUCACACUGACUGUUUCAUCUGCGACUCAUGUGGGAGACGACUUCGAGGGAAGGCCUUCUACAACGUGGGUGAGAAAGUGUACUGCCAGGAGGACUUCCUGUACUCCGGGUUCCAGCAAACGGCGGACAAGUGUAGCGUGUGUGGACAUCUCAUCAUGGAGAUGAUUCUCCAGGCUCUCGGGAAGACCUACCAUCCAGGCUGCUUCCGGUGCUCCGUGUGUAAUGAGUGCCUGGAUGGCGUGCCCUUCACCGUGGACAUGGAGAACAACAUCUACUGUGUCAGGGAUUAUCACACGGUAUUUGCACCAAAAUGUGCCUCCUGUGCCCGUCCCAUCCUCCCAGCACAGGGCUGCGAGACAACCAUUCGAGUAGUAUCCAUGGACAGAGACUACCAUGUGGAAUGCUACCACUGUGAGGACUGCGGGCUGCAGCUGAGUGGCGAGGACGGACACCGCUGCUAUCCGCUUGAGGGUCACCUGUUGUGCCGUUGCUGCCACCUGCGGCGUCUCCAGGCUGGCCCGCUUCCAUCGCCUGCCAUGCAUGUCACAGAGCUCUGA